AUGUCAAAGAACUACCAGCAAGUCUUGGCACUUGUAUUUGCUGUGGAGAAAAUCAACAAGGAUCCCCAUUUCUUACCCAACAUUUCACUGGGAUUCCGGCUCUAUGACAACUAUUACUAUGGAGGCCAAACCUAUGAGAAUGUCAUUAGCCUUCUGUCUGAAAGGGACAAGCUCACACUGAUUCCUCCUCCUCUCUAUGGAUAUGAGUCCUACUAUGGUUAUGGGCAGCCAUCUUAUAACAUGAUGGGCACAGAGGAUGCAGAGAAGGUCACAAUAUUUCCCAACUACAAUUGCCAAGGCCACAAGAAGAUGGUGGCUGUCAUUGGGGGGCUGACAUCAGAGUCAUCUGUGCAGAUAGCCAACAUGCUGGAGGUCUACAAGUUACCACAGCCACCUCAUUCUGUGUGCAGCAAUAAAUGCUUACCUGGAUUCCACAAGAUGCCUUUGAAGGCCAACCCCAAGUGUUGCUUCCAGUGUACUGAAUGCCCUAAAGGAGCAAUAUCCAACCAGUCAGAUAUGGAUUUCUGUAUGAAGUGCAAAGAGGACUUCUAUCCAAACAAAGCAAGAAAUAAGUGUAUACUCAAAAGCAUCACUUUUCUAUCCUACACAGAACCUUUGGGAAUAGUUUCAGUGUCUAUUGCUCUAUAUUCCUUCCUCCUUUCUGCCCUGGUACUUGCAAUGUUCAUUAAGCACAGGGAUUCUGCCAUAGUCAAAGCCAACAAUCGACAUCUCAGCUAUAUCCUCCUCUCUUCCCUCAUGCUGUGUUUCCUCUGUUCUUUGCUCUUCAUUGGUCAACCAAGGAAAAUGACCUGCCUUCUUCGUCAGACAGCCUUUGGGAUCAUUUUCUCUGUCUCUCUUGCUACCAUCUUGGCCAAAACCAUUACCGUGGUUCUGGCCUUCAAGGCCACAAAACCAGGCAGCGGUACACGGAAAUGGCUGAGACCUAGACUUUCAUAUUUCUUUAUAAUGGUCUGUUCUCUUAUUCAGACUGUCAUUUGCAUGGUCUGGCUGGGAACCUCCCCUCCAUUCCCAGAUGCUGAUUUCUAUUCAGAGCUUGGACAAAUCAUCCUGGAGUGCAAUGAGAGCUCACCCGCUGCACUCUACUCCAUUCUGGGCUACAUGGGCCUCUUGGCUUUGGUGAGCUUCAUUGUGGCUUUCCUUGCCAGGAAGCUCCCUGACAGGUUCAAUGAAGCCAAGUUCAUCACUUUCAGCAUGUUGGUUUUCUGCACUGUCUGGAUGGCCUUCAUCCCAACGUACCUCAGCACUAAGGGGAAAUAUAUGGUGGCUGUGGAGAUCUUCUCUAUUUUGACCUCUGGAGUUGGGUUGCUUGGCUGCAUCUUUCUACCUAAGUCUUAUGUCAUUCUACUGCAUCUAGAUAGGAACCAAAAAGUGCAAAUAACUAGCAAAUAUUUCCACAAAUAA